AUGGCACAUUUGUCCCUUCAACAGGCCCAGGCGACCGUGGACGACAUCCGGGUGACCAACGGCGGCUUCUCUCCCGAGGUUCAGAAAGCGCUGCCCGAAGAGGCAUUGAGGGCAUUCAAGAAUCUGCAGUCUAUAGCCGGCGGAUCGAUUGUGCAUGUGGCGGAAGACCUGUACGACGCGGACACCCGGUUCAUCUUCGAGCUUAUCCAAAACGCGGAAGAUAAUUGUUAUGACCAUGCUGCUAGUCAUGGGGAGGAGCCAUUUCUUCACCUCACUCUACAUGCAGAUCAUAUAACUGUGGAUUCAAACGAGGACGGUUUUACUGAGAACGAUGUGCGGGCCAUAUGCAGCAUUCACCGGAGUACAAAGAAACAAACAGGUGGCUAUAUCGGCCACAAAGGCAUUGGCUUCAAAUCCGUGUUCAAGGUUGCGUACAAGGUAUCUAUCCAGUCAGGGCCUUUCUGCUUCUGCUUUGAGCACCGCCGGGGGGAGAGUGGGUUAGGGAUGAUCACUCCGUUCAACGAGAAGCCUCGGGAUCUACCCCCCGGUGUGAACACACGAAUAACCCUCUUUCUUACAAGCGUAAGCGACUUCGAUAGCCGUGCUUCCGAGCUGAGGGAGAUCCCGGACACGAUGCUAUUGUUUCUUCGUAAACUGCAGAGGCUCACGAUAGAGAUUCUCCCGCUGCAGUCACGGAUAUCGUUCAAACGUCACGAGGACUCAUCAAAGCGCUUGGUCACGCUUACUAAAGAGACGAAUGGCGAACAACUGAAGAGAUUUUACCAUCUGGAAAAGGCCACCCUUUCCAAUCUCCCACAGCAUUACAGUCGCCCUGACCAACGCGAGGUCGACCUGAUCCUUGCGUUCCCAGUAAAUGCGGAUUUCAGCCCUCUCAUUGAGGCGCAGUAUGUGUAUUCCUUCCUCCCGAUGCGUCAUGAAGGAUUCAAUUUUCUCGUCCAAUCGGACUUUAUCACCCAGGCCAAUCGACAAGGGAUCCAUCAUUGUGAUAGAAACCGUGCUAUCCGCGACGGUAUUAGCAGCUUGUUUCUCCAAGCCGUUAACUACUUCUGCAGGCACACAUCCCUCAAAUACGAAUGGUUGCAGUAUCUUCCGGGGAUGCACAUUCAUGACCCCUUCUGGGCUGAUCUUCGAGAGAUGAUUUUCGACCGCCUCAAGGGAUCCAAAAUUAUAAUGUCCCGCAAAGGUGCCUUGAAUUACCCAAAGAAGCUGGAGCACCUGUCGUCACAGCACUGCGAUCGUCAUGGCCAACCUCUGUUGGAUGAUAUUGACCCUGAGGUUUACCUGUCGCAAUCAUACCGUUGGACAAGGCAUGCUGAGAAUUUGACCGAGCUUGGGGUGGCCAGUCUGUCCUCCGAGAACAUCCUAGAUCGUUUGGUGCCAUACCUUGAGGGCUCAUCACCAAAAUUUCUCGAUCCGAGUUUGGAUGAUGAUUGGCAUACCAAAAUAGCAGCUCUGCUUCUACGCGCUCUAAAACGACAGGCGAGUCGCUCUCUUCUGACCGAACGAAUAAGAAAGAUGGCCCUCGUUCCCACUUCAGACGGGUCUCUUUUAUCGGCAAGGUCUUCUGCUGUCUAUUUCCCAGAUGAUGAGAGAGAGAAUCCUAUACCCGAGGGCCUGAAAGACAUACGAAUCGUUCAACGUAGCGUACUGGAAAACAAAACAAGACGAGAGCUUCUCGAAGCAUUGGGAGUCGCACGUUGCAAUUCAAACAGAGUAGUGAAGUCUAUUCUGGAGCUGUACAAUGUACGCCACGGGGUCACGCUAGAGAAAUCAGUCAGCCACUUGAGGUACCUCUUCAAGACCUUGGGGAAAGGAGAAACUCUAGACAACCGCAUCUUCAUCAAGGACCAGAUGGGAAAACAGGUCUACCGCGCCUUUGUCACUCUCGGUCCCGGAAUUAUCAAGGACGACUUGUACUUCGAGACGCAGGGAGAAUAUGGUACGAAAGAGCUCGCUCAGAAAUUGCGGUGCGGGUUCAAUCAGCAGAGUUGUCCUCCAUUUGAAAUGCAUAUUAUCCACAGCGCAUAUAUUGAGGCUGUACCGCCCGGGACCGUCAGUAAUGGGCGAACCUGGGAGCAGUGGCUGGAAGAAGUGGCAUUGGUUCGCUGUAUCCCAAGGCUGAAAAGUUCCUGGGCAGAUGAAUUAUCCACGCUGUGCCAGCACCUCGCGAACUAUCACCCGAUGACCUUGAUAGGAAUAUUAAAAACGAACUGGAGCAGCUACCAGGCAGAACUCACACCCGGCGUGAUCGAAGCCUUGGAAGAAAUGGAAGUCCCUUGUCGGAAUCACUCGAAGGCCUAUCUCCGAGACACUUAUUAUCCAUCUAAGGAGAUGCAGCAAUUAUGUUCCGACGCGACUCUUGAGGAGAUUUUUGAUGAAUUUAUAGAUGCUCCUGCUAACUUAGCAACCGAUGACAUAGAUGGAUGGGAGUUCUUAGCCUCAUUUGGAGUUACACUAGAGGCAGAUUUUUGGUUUUUUUGGAACAUUUUCCGCUGCCUGGUGGAAAAAGCCCCUCUCAAUAUCCAGGCACAGGCUGCCUUCUUCAGGAUGUAUAAGGAGCUCUCCAUUCGAUUUCGUGGUGCAUCCAACAAGUUGAGGCAGAUUUUCGCAGAGUGGAAAGGUGUCUGCAUUCCCACACGUUCAGGGGAGACUUUCGAGUUAGCACAUGACUCAGAGUGUGUCUGGAACGGACACCACACUCUUCGGACGAAGCAUCCUCUUGCUAUUCACCCUGAGUAUUCUAAUGACCCACAUGUGGCAUAUCUGUUUAAGGAUAUACUCUCUGUGAGUGACGCGGACGUUAGCACUUAUCUUGAGGAGCUCCAAUGGUGCAAAGACAACGCAGAUGUGGCUCUGGAAGACCUGAGGGCAAUAUACGACUGUAUAUCACAGAAUAUACAGAAACCUGAAGACCGCGCCCUGAUACUGAGCAAAUUUACUGAACGAAAACUGGUGUAUCUUCUGGCAGAACGAGCUUGGCUGGCGCCUGAAUCCUGUGUUUGGGCAGAUGCUCUGAAAAUUGGAGCGCAGUAUGGCAUCAGCGCUGUAUACCCAGAGCUGGAGAGCUUCUUCCGUGGUCCUCUGAAUGUGCAAACUCCAACAGCAGCGACUUACUUAGAACAACUCAGGAGGUUAGCAUCCGAUGAGGUUGUGGAUAUUGGCGCGGUCAAAGCGGCCAUCUAUGACCUCAAUGGACUGCGACCAGGGUCAGAUGAGCUCAGGGGUCUUUCACACAUUAAGUUUUUGCCGGUAGCAAUGCCGAAUGGCACUGUGGAGAUAUUAAAGCCCACCGAUACAUUCUUCAUUGCAGACAGGAUUGAAUAUCUCUCCGCUUUUCGGGACAAAGUUCCCAUUCUGGACUUUUCUCUUGAAGAAGUCCGGUGCUUGCACCAACUCCUGGGACGUAUCGGUCUAGAGGACCGAUACAUGUCAACGGCAGUCCUGGAGAAGACUGUUGUCGGUCAGCCAUCCCACGAGCACUGCCCCAGCGAAACGCGGGAAUUGCGAAAAAAGGCGACACACAUUUACCGUUGCAUCUUACAUUACAGUGAGGAAGGCCGAGAAACUGUUGGCCAGAGGCUCCGGCAAUUGCAAAAUGUACUUGUUUAUGAAAGCGCUGGUUUUAAAAAAUCGUUGGUGCUUCAGUUAAACGAAGUUACGGCGAGAGUACAGAGCGAUACGGGGUUGGUGCAUAUCGAGGACGUUAGCGAUGUGUUGCGCAUUUACAUUCCCAGAGACGAUAGUGACCGUCAGCGCUGCUACCACCUUGACCUUCCCCAAGCCCUGAGACGUCAUUUUGGCCUUAGGGACUCCGCAGCAUCAUUUUCUUUUGCAUUGAUUUUUCUCACACCGGAGAACCUCAUUGAUGAAUCGCUAGAUCGCCAUGGCAUUGUUCGGAUCUCUCCCGACAUCUCUCAACAACUAGAGUCCGAAUCUACGGAUACGACAAUCUCGGAGGCUCAUGUUGAAGAAGGCAACGUUUUCUCUGGAUCUGAAGAGAGUCGGGAGAGUGGGGAGGGCAUAGAUACACCACGCUCAAGCCCUGAAACCACAGUAGAGCUACCGAGGACAAUAGUCACUCACUACAGGACGUCAACUCCACCCCCGCGGCUUUUCAGUGUUCCUCCUCCUGACAGGGCUUCCCCGGACAGAGUUCCCAGGCCUUUCUCUGAGCAUCACCCGUACAUUCAGCUUCUAGACAAAGUCAUCAGACUGGCUCGUCCGCUCACACUUUCUGAAGCUUUACAACGCCCAAUGAACACAGUGUUGGGCAAUGCAAAUACUUCACACGAGUUGGUCUUCGGGGUCCGAUCUGAGAAUUUGCUAGCGCACGAUAUCAAGAUCGGUGCUGCCGGAGAGCUAUUUGUAUUUGAGCUUUUGUCGUCAUCAGACCUUCCGGGAUUUAACCGCGGCAACUGGCGUAGCAACAUUCGCAGGCAUGUCUCCGUCCAUCCCGACUACCACGACCUUGCACCCUGGUCUGGUGUUGAAACUGCGGAUCUAGUCUAUCGCGACACAAGGUCAACCUUAACCACCAUUUUGAUUGACGCCGGAUAUUUGUCCCACGCACGGUGGUGUGGUGCAAAUCCGACAUACUAUAUAGAAGUGAAGACGACGACUGGGGAGUGCGACAGUGCUUUCUUCAUGAGCAAAAGUCAGUACAGACGACGGGGCAGUGCAUCGAGUGAGGGAGAUGAGAAGGGGAAAACGGAAAGAAAAAGCGCGUCGUUGUUCGAGGGAGAGAUGUCGGGCUUAUAUAGAUGGGGUGAUUGCGUCGAGGCGGCAGGAGAAACUGGUAAAAGCAGCGAGAGUCAGCGCGAUGCCCAAAGCAGUAAACACUAUCCCGCAACGGGCAGUCAGACUGCCGCGGGCGGCAGGCGGUGGUGGGCGGCAGAGCGGCGGUUCAAUGAGGGCCGUUUCUGGCGCCCCGCUAACCGUGUCAUCGUAUACUCUAUACGAGUUGCGUUGUCGGCGGCCUCACGGCCGCCGACCUAUCUACCUAUUCUGCAGUAUAAUGCGCCGGCCGUUUUCGUGUGCGACGGGGGCGCAGGUCCGCAGGUUGGUCCUGGAGCAGUGGGCUGGACCGCUCAGAGACCAUGA